AUGGCAAGGAACGGGAAGACCGAAAAUUCCGAGGGCGAAGCGGACGUGCGGGCGUCCUGGCGGGCGGAGGCGCCUCCGAUGCAGCCGAAAGCCGGGGGCCGCCCUGCGGGGCCGCGCGACGCCAGGAAAGGGGGACCCCGGCCGGGGGGGGCUCUGUUCGGCACGGGCUCCCCGGGCUCAGGCAGCGGCGGCGGCUCCUCCCCCGGCUCGGACCGCGGCGUCUGGUGCGAGAACUGCAACGCCCGCCUGGUGGAGCUGAAGAGGCAGGCGCUGAAGCUGCUGCUCCCCGGGCCUUUCCCGGGCAAGGACCCGGCUUUCUCGGCUGUGAUUCACGACAAGCUCCAGGUCCCCAACACCAUUCGCAAGGCGUGGAACGACAAGGACAACCGCUGUGACAUUUGUGCCACACACCUGAACCAGCUGAAGCAGGAGGCCAUCCAGAUGGUGCUGACCUUGGAGCAGGCAGCCAGCAGCGAGCAUUACGACGGCUCGCCCGGCUCACCCCCAGCCCUCUCCCAUGUGCCCAGCCUGGUGGGGUCCCGGCCCACGGGUGGGCUGCAGCAGCCCAGAGAUUGGGCCUUUGUGCCUGCCUCCUGUGCCUCCUCCAGCUACACGGCUUUCAUCACCAACAAGCAUGGCAGCAAACCCAACAGCCUUGGGGUCAGCAAUGGGGCAGAGAAGAAGAAUGGAUCCCCAACCCACCAGGCCAAAGUCAGCCUUCAGAUGGCCACCAGUCCCAGCAAUGGGAACAUCCUCAACUCAGUGGCCAUUCAGGCUCACCAAUACCUGGAUGGCACCUGGUCCCUGUCAAGAACCAACGGGGUCACCCUGUACCCAUACCAGAUCUCCCAGCUGAUGGCAGAGACUGGCCGGGAGGGCCUGACCGAGGCAGCACUGAAUCGCUACAAUGCGGACAAGCCUUUGGCCGGCGGCGGCCCAGCCUCACAGGGCUCCUGCGUGGCGGGCGAGACCUCCACGGGCACCUCGGCAGCUGCUUCCUUCUUUGCCAGAGCCGCCCAGAAGUUAAAUCUGUCUUCUAAAAAGAAGAAACAUCGGCCUUCCACAUCUUCUGUGGCUGAGCCCCCGCUCUUCGCCACCAGCUUCAGCGGAAUUCUGCAGACCUGCCCUCCCCCGGCCCCGCCCUGUCUGCUGCGGGCCGUCAGCAAGGUGAAGGACACACCAGGCCUGGGCAAGGUGAAAGUCAUGCUUCGCAUCUGUUCCACGUUGGCUCGUGACACCUCUGAGUCCAGCUCAUUCUUAAAGGUGGACCCGCGGAAGAAGCAGGUCACCCUGUAUGACCCCCUGGCGUGUGGAGGUCAAAACGUCUUCCAAAAGAGAGGCAACCAAGUACCCCCCAAGAUGUUCGCCUUCGAUGCCGUGUUUCCACAAGAUGCUUCUCAGGCCGAGGUGUGUGCCGGAACCGUGGCAGAGGUGAUCCAGUCUGUGGUCAACGGGGCAGACGGCUGCGUGUUCUGCUUCGGCCAUGCCAAGCUGGGCAAAUCCUACACCAUGAUCGGGAAGGACGACUCCAUGCAGAACCUUGGCGUCAUUCCCUGCGCCAUCUCCUGGCUCUUCAAGCUGAUAAACGAACGCAAGGAGAAGACAGGAGCCCGCUUCUCGGUGCGGGUCUCCGCCGUGGAAGUGUGGGGCAAAGAGGAGAACCUCAAAGACCUGCUGUCCGAGGUGGCCACGGGCAGCCUGCAGGACGGCCAGUCCCCGGGCGUAUACCUGUGCGAGGACCCCAUCUGCGGCACGCAGCUGCAGAACCAGAGCGAGCUGCGGGCGCCCACAGCGGAGAAGGCCGCCUUCUUCCUGGACGCCGCCAUUGCCUCGCGCCGCGGCAGCCAGCGGGACUGUGACGAGGAAGGCCACCGCAACUCGCACAUGCUCUUCACCCUGCACGUCUACCAGUACCGCAUGGAGAAGAGCGGGAAAGGGGGAAUGUCUGGAGGCCGCAGCCGCCUGCACCUCAUCGAUCUCGGCAGCUGUGUGAAAGCUCUUAGCAAGAAUCGGGAAGGAGGCUCAGGGCUGUGCCUCUCGCUGUCUGCUCUGGGCAAUGUCAUUCUGGCUCUUGUCAACGGCAGCAAACACAUCCCUUACAAAGAGAGCAAACUCACCAUGCUGCUUCGUGAGUCCCUGGGGAACAUGAACUGCCGCACCACCAUGAUCGCACACAUCUCGGCGGCUGCCGGCAACUACGCAGAGACGCUGUCCACCAUCCAGAUCGCCUCCAGGGUCUUGAGGAUGAAGAAAAAGAAGACAAAGUACACAUCGAGCUCGUCCGGCGGGGAGAGCUCCUGCGAGGAAGGCAGGAUGCGCAGGCCCACCCAGCUGAGGCCCUUCCACGCCAGGUCGGCGGUGGACCCGGACUUCCCCGUCCCCCCUCCGUGCAGCGACCCUGACUACUCCUCGAGCAGUGAGCAGUCCUGUGACACGGUCAUCUACAUCGGGCCCAACGGCACGGCCCUCUCCGACAAGGAGCUCACUGACAACGAGGGGCCCCCGGACUUUGUCCCCAUCGUGCCCGCCCUGCAGAAGGUACGGGGCGACAGCCGGCCCCCAGAGGCCGGAGGGGCUGCGGCCGGCAAGCCAGAAAGGGACUGUCUGAAGUGCAACACGUUUGCCGAGCUGCAGGAGAGGCUGGACUGUAUUGACGGCAGCGAGGAGCCCAGUCAGUUUCCUUUCGAGGAGCUGCCUGUCCAGUUCGGGGCCCCACAGACAGGCAGGUGUCCCCUGCUAAGCCAGGCGGCUGGGGCACACCCACUCUGUGAGGCCGAGAAGGAAGAGGCUGGGUCCGACGGUCAGCUGACUGACAGGGAAGGCCCAGACUCCCCCACACCCAAGAUGCAGAGGAAUCACUCGCCCAUCCCCACCCCUGCGCUGCCCGGCAGCCCCAGCCCCGCGUCACCCAGGAGCAUCCCCGGUAGCAGCAGCGGUCCGCACAGCACUUCCCAGCUCACGCAGAGCCCCAGUCUCCAGAGCAGCCGAGAGAGCCUCAACUCCUGUGGCUUCGCGGAAGGCAAGCCCAGGCCGAUGGGCUCCCCACGGCUGGGCGUCGCCAGCCUGUCCAAGACCUCUGAGUACAAGCCGGCCAGCUCUCCCUCCCAGAGAUGCAAAGUCUAUACCCAGAAGGGCGUCCUGCCCUCUCCCGGCCCCCCGCCUCCCUUGGGCAAGGACUCGGGCGCGGUAUCUAGUGAGUCCCUGCUGCAGCCUGAGCUGCGAACCCCACCGGUUGGAAUGAGCCCCCAAGUUUUGAAGAAGUCCAUGUCUGCAGGGAGCCAAGGGCUCCCCGAAAGCCCAGUUGAGGAUGAGUGCCAGGCAGCAACCUCUCCAGACCCCAAGAAGGAGAUCCUGAGCACCACGAUGGUGACAGUGCAGCAGCCCCUGGAGCUCAACGGUGAGGAUGAGCUGGUGUUCACGCUGGUGGAGGAGCUGACCAUCAGCGGUGUCCUGGAUGGUGGCCGCCCCACCAGCAUCAUCAGCUUCAACAGUGACUGCUCGGUGCAGGCCCUGGCCUCAGGCUCCCGGCCUGUCAGCAUCAUCGGCAGCAUCAGCGAGGACCUCGAGUGCUACUCUGGCGUGGCACCCGUCUCCGAGGUCAGCAUCACGCAGUUCCUGCCUCUCCCAAAGCUGACCCUGGAUGAGCAGGCCCGAGAGCCUGGGAGCCGCCGUUCCUCCAUCAGCUCCUGGCUGAGCGAGAUGAGCGCCGGCAGCGACGGCGAGCAGUCCUGCCACAGUUUCAUUGCCCAGACGUGCUUCGGGCACGGGGAGGCCAUGGCCGAUCCCACCGCCGCGGAGCUGGGCGGCAGCCUCCCGAGCAGCACCCUGGUGUGCCGCGAGAAGCCCAGCGCAGGCCCCGACAAUGUGCUCAUCUUGUCUGAUGCGGGGGAGGACUCUUUCAACAAGGCAACCCCUAUCAAGGGCUGCAAGAUAUCCACACUAGGCAAGGCCAUGGUCACCAUCUCCAACACGGCAGAUCUGAGCAGCUGCGAAGGAUACAUCCCCAUGAAGACCAACAUCACAGUCUACCCCUGCAUUGCCAUGAGCCCCCGGCCCGUCCAAGAGCCUGAGGCGGCCAUCGCCCCCCUUGUCAGCUCAGCGCCCAGAGCAGCCCAGCCCCAGGACGGCCGGGAACCCGGAGCCAAGGCAGAGAUGAGAUUUGAGGAUCCUUGGCUGAAACGAGAAGAGGAGGUUAAGAAGGAGGGGACCCAUCUCGGUGAGGAAGGGGCUGGGUGUGAGGCCACUGCAGGCCCCCCGAAACCUGAGGCCAGAGAGCAGGACAGGAAGGCCAGCCCCGGGGACAGGCUGAGCAGCAGCAGCGGUGAGGUGUCCGCCUCCCCUGGGAGCGACAACUUCAGGAGGGUUGUGGAUGGCUGUGAAAUGGCCCUGCCCGGUGUGGCCUCCCAGAGCGCCAUGCACCCUAACAGAGGCCUGAAGUCCAGCAGCCUUCCCAGGGCUUUUCAGAAGGCCAGCCGGCAGGAUGAGCCAGGCUGCCCCUUCUACCACUGUGCUGCCGAGACCAACGGGCUGGGCAGUGCCCUGGGCACGUCGCCCUGCAAGGCGGCCUUGGAGAGGAAGGCGGCAUCGCCCAAGCACGGUGUCCUUCCGCGGCCCAAAGGGACGCCCCCUCUGCCGCCCAUCCGCAAGUCCAGCUUGGACCAGAAGAACCGGGCCAGCCCCCAGCACAGCACCUGCAGCAGUGCCACCAGCAGCCCGUCGCACGCUCCCGCACCCUUUCUGGCCCCGUUCCCGGAUGAGGCCGGUGGCAAGGUCAAGGAGGCCGGCGGCGGCGGCAGUGGCAGCAGCAGGCUCUUCAGCGCCAAGCUGGAACAGCUGGCCAGCAGGACCAACUCCCUGGGCAGGGCCACCGUCAGCCACUACGAGUGCCUGUCACUGGAGAGGGCCGAGAGCCUGUGCGUGGGGAGCUGGCGGGCGCAUGCAGGCAAGGACAGCACGAUGCCCCGCGCGGGGAGGAGCACGGGCCGUGGGGGUGCCGGGGCCUCGCCCACUCCACCACCACGCGCCAUCAACGGGCGAGUCUCCGAGCUGCUGCAGGGUGGCGCAGGCGGGCGCGCAGGGGGCGACGAGCGACCGGGCGCGCCCCCGCUGCCCUCGCCUUACAGCAAGGUGACACCGCCGCGCCGGCCACACCGCUGCAGCAGCGGCCACGGAAGCGACAACAGCAGCGUGCUGAGCGGCGAGCUGCCACCUGCCAUGGGCAAGACGGCACUGUUCUACCACAGCGGCGGCAGCAGCGGCUACGAGAGCGUGCCGCGUGACAGCGAGGCCACUGGCAGCGCGUCUUCCGCGCACGACUCCACAAGCGACAACAGCAGCUCCGUGGGUGGCCGCAGCCGCAGCCUCAAGGCCCCAAAGAAGCGCUCCAAUUCAGGUUCUCAGAGACGGAGGCUCAUCCCGGCGCUGUCCCUGGACACCCCCUCCCCUGUAAGGAAACCUGCCAGCAGUUCCGGGGUCCGCUGGGUGGACGGCCCCUUGCGCAGCACCCAGAGGGGCCUUGGGGAACCUUUUGAGAUUAAGGUCUAUGAAAUCGAUGAUGUGGAGCGGCUGCAGCGACGACGAGGGGGAAGCAGCAAGGAGGUCACGUGCUUCAACGCAAAACUGAAAAUUCUGGAGCACCGCCAGCAGAGGAUCGCCGAGGUCCGAGCCAAGUACGAGUGGCUGAUGAAGGAGCUGGAGACCACCAAACAGUACCUGAUGCUGGAUCCCAACAAGUGGCUCAGCGAAUUUGACUUGGAGCAGGUCUGGGAGCUGGAUUCCCUGGAGUACCUGGAGGCGCUGGAGUGUGUCACGGAGCGCCUGGAGAGCCGUGUCAACUUCUGCAAGGCCCACCUCAUGAUGAUCACCUGCUUCGACAUCACCUCCCGGCGCCGAUGAGGGGCCGGCCCUUGGCCGCCAGGACCCCCCACCCACCCCUCGCCAGGCCCUCGGUGCCGGCGGCUCGGACACAGCGGAAGGAGGAUGAAGGUUGGUGCAAGUCUGGAGUGAGCGCUGAGCAGGAGGCAGUUUUCUGGUGUUUUCUGUAGGAAAGGUGCGAACACCACGCAUGUGGGAGGAGGAAAUGAUGGAAAGCCCAAGGACGUGGAAGCCCCGUGAGACUGAAAAAGCACUUUGAGGAACUUUGUAGAACUUGUUUAUACAGGAGUCCUGCCGACAAGAGACCUCUGUCUUCUCUGGCUUUGCAGGAAGGGGCAAGGGUGCGCAGGACGGCUGCCGGGAGCGAGGACGGAGCGGCGGACUCCCCAGAGCGACUGAUUAAGUGCCUUGCAAAUCUUUAUUAUCCAAACCUUUCUGUUCAUACUUUCUCGUGUACAGAUGGUGCUAGUCCAGACGGAAACAACCACAAAGCAAAACAAGCGCCCCCCCCCAUGCAUUUUUGAAAUGUAUUUACAGCUCGUUUUCCCUUGGUGUUUUAUCCGAUUUCUGACUUGCUGUUUCUACGUAAGUAGUGUUUGUAGAUCUGUUCCCUAAUCAGUAUUGCUUAUGAAUAAAUGUUAACUGUCCUUUA